AAGCCGUCCCUCGCUCGAUACAACGAAUCGGAGCCCGACGUGUCCUCUAAUCACCCCCACCGCCAACUCUACCACUCUCUCCUCGUCCAAGACCACCAGGAGAUGGUCAACCGCCAUAGCCGCACCCUCAAGCAACUCCACGAAGCCUCCGAGGAAGCCGACGCUCUCCGCCGCGAGAACAUUCAUCUCCGCGCCCUCAAUCUCGAGCUCAACAAGCAUCUCAGUCUCCUUAUCCACGCCUCCGUCCAGAAACAGUUCGUUUCCCCCGGUUCUGUGGAGACGACACCGUUUGGGAUCGUAAAUAGGCUUCACGGCAUGAGUAUUGAUGACAAACGAGCAGAGGAGGAUGAGUCCGACGAGAGCCCUACCAGCGUGAUCGAGAGCGAAGGCGCCGACGCCGAGAAUAUUGAUGUGGAGAGGUUUACGCUGCCUAAGAGCAUAUCUGUGAGGUCUAAUGGAUACGUGAAGGUUGCUCAGCCCGGUCCUAGCACUGCCGCUGGGACUCGGGCCGCGACUCGGCCUCGCACCGCCACUACAUUCAACGCUUCACAAAAGGUGUACGUUCCUGCUGGAGGGAGGAAGGAGCAGGAGCCACUUGAAUUGGAGGUGUACAACCAAGGCAUGUUCAAGACUGAACUCUGCAACAAAUGGCAGGAGACCGGUGAAUGCCCUUACGGAGAACACUGCCAAUUUGCACAUGGGAUUGAGGAGCUCCGCCCGGUGAUUCGACACCCACGCUACAAGACAGAGGUCUGCAGGAUGGUCCUUGCUGGUGUUGCCUGCCCAUAUGGUCACCGAUGUCACUUCCGCCACGCCCUCACUGAGAAUGAGAAGUUCAUGGGUCCAAAUAAGCCCAGGGCAAUGAAGCUGGACAGGUAAAAUAUCAGGUUUCAUAAAUAUGAUGGCGACGGAAGAGUAAU